AUGGCGGUCGGUAAGGUGACCUUCACCAAGGCGGAGAGAGAGAAGCUAGCCGAGGUCCUCUGGCUGCUCAACUGGAUCUCUGUCGUGACGGGGGCUCUCCUCUUCGGCCUGGGCCUAUUCCUCAAAAUUGAGAUUCAGAAAUGGCAGGAAGUGAUGUCAGAGCAGGGGAUCCUCUAUGUGCCUCAUAUGCUGAUCACCACAGGCCUGGCGGCCUGCUGCAUCAACUUCCUGGGCGGGAAGAUUUGCCUGGACUGUGCUGACACCAACAAGUUCCUGCGCUGGAAGCUGGUGAUGAUGCCGUACGUCAUCUGCACCUUCUUCUUCACCUCCUGCGUCCUGGUGGGGGCGCUCAUGUGCUACAGCAUCCGCAGUCAGCUGGAGGAGUCUCUGUUCCUAGGCCUGAGGAAUGCCAUGCGGUUCUACAAGGACACGGACACGCCGGGCCGCUGCUACCUGAAGAGGACUCUGGACCUGCUGCAGAUCCAGUUCCACUGCUGUGGGAACACCGGGUACCGGGACUGGUUCCAGGUCCAGUGGAUCAGCAACCGUUACCUGGACAUGACCAGCAGCGCCGUGGUGGACCGUCUGAGGAGUAACGUGGAGGGGAAUUACCUGAUGGACGGCGUUCCCUUUAGCUGCUGCAGCACCCUGUCUCCUCGGCCUUGCAUCCAGCAGCAGGUUAGCAACAGCUCCGCCCACUUCAACUACGACCGGCAGAGCCAGCAGCUGAACCUGUGGAGGAGGGGCUGCCGACAAGCCCUGCUGGACCACUACACCGACAUAAUGCAGUCCAUCGGCCUCACCGUGCUCCUCAUUUGGCUGUUUGAGCUGCUGGUUCUAACAGGAGUCCGCUACCUUCAGACCGCCAUGGAGAACGUCCUCCGGCUGGGUGAUCCGGACUCAGAGUCGGAUGGUUGGAUCCUGGAGAACAGCCUGGUGGAAACGGCCCGGUCCAACUUUAACAUCAUCAAGAACCUGGGGAAGUGUUACCAGGUCGACGAUGACCCCAACAUUAACGUCCCGACCGCUGCUGCCGAGCAGGAGGUACCGCCCCGGCGGGUCCAGAUCCCCGUGAAUGGCUAGCAUCCAGCUUGAGGAGUCACUGACCUCCCAGCUGGAAC